GAGGGCUGCUGGUUCUCAGCCGAGCAAACUUCGAGAGAUCCUUGAGAGUGAUCAACCCCCUUGCCUCUUAUAGGCCUUUCCCAACCGACUUUGGCAGUGGGCCUUGGCAUAAUUAGACCCUUGGGCCCGUAAUGGUGAGGCCCAGACACAAUAUCGGCCUUGGUCAUAACCGUGCGUCAACAAUAUGAAGAGAAGAUGAGGAAGAGGGAGGAAAGAGAGACGAUCGACAUAAGAAAGGAAGGAAGCAGAGGAGAAAAAAAUAAUAUGGAUAUCAUCAGUAUGCUGCCUGCAGAGUGUAUCUCCCACAUCGUUUCCUGCACAACCCCUCAGGACGCGUGCAGAUCAUCGCUGGUCUCUCAUCUCUUUCGAAUUGCUGCGGAUUCUGAUAUUGUGUGGGAGAGAUUUCUGCCCCAAGGUUAUAAGGAAAUCAUUUCCCGUUCUUUAAACUCCUUGUCCAAGAAGGAUCUCUACUUUCAUCUUUGCAAUCACCCCAUCAUCAUAGGCAAUGGUAACAUGAGCAUGGCACUAGAAAAACAGAGCGGCAAAAAAUGUUAUAUGGUAGGGGCAAGAGAGCUUACAGUUAUAUGGGGAGAUACACCCCCAUAUUGGCAAUGGAUAUCUCUACCAGAGUCUAGGUUUGCCCAAGUGGCUGAGCUCAAUUUUGUAUGGUGGCUUGAGAUCAAGGGGUGCAUAGAGACUAAAAAUUUGUCCCCACGAACAGCCUAUGCAGCUUAUUUUGUCUAUCAGCUCUCAUCAGAACACAAUCCACGGACUGCAACAACUCCUUUUAGGUUCCAUGUUGCUUAUGAACAAAGCACAGCAGAUGAGCGUAGUGUGAUCCUCGAUCCUAUAACUCAUGAAGGUAUAGCUCCUCCGCAAGCUCGAUACAGAGGCGAUGGGUGGAUUGAGAUUGAGAUGGGUGAGUUCAUCACUGAAGAAGAUAAUGCUACUGUGCUGUUUAGUCUAAUGGAAAUUAGUAGUUUCCCUAAGAGAGGCCUCAUUGUGGAAGGCAUUGAGCUUAGGCCCAAACAAUGAAGGAUUGAUUCAUUGUGGAAGGCAUUGAGCUUAACUGAGACUCUGCAUUUUCAUUUAACAUUCAUUCAAAAUAAUCUUCGUUGCUCAUCCAA